AUGGAAUUACUUUGUCAAUUUCGAAAGCUUUACCAAAAUGAAAAGCGGAGGUGGCUGUUUCUGGUUGGGAUUGUUGCUGUUACUCAUCUAAUGUUCCAGUCGCUGUUGCUUCCUUAUGGAAAUGCUCUUCGGUCUCUAUUGCCUGAUGGCUGUGCUCCUGUGUUUGAUGAGAGCAGUCGCUUACCCUCUUCAACAAAGUCCGUCAUGGUUCGGAAUCCUCUUGCAGUUAAUGUUUCAAGAAAGAUUGAUGAUUCUAUCUCUGCUGGAAUGGAGAUAGAUAAUAACAUUACUGAGCUUGGAAUUGGAGAAGGCAUUGGACGUGAGAGUGGACUAAGGGACAGAGAAAAAGAAAAUGGUGUUGCAUCCCAAGAGCUACACUUGGAUAACAUUAUCAGAUUUUCAUCAGAAAGGAAUGUAAUCAAUGAUUCACUAUCUGAGAAUGAUGAUCUAAAUGAGAUGAUUGCAUUGAACAGUGAUGAAGACCAAGAUGAUAGUUCUAUCCUGGAAAUUACUGGGGAAACUACACUUGAGCUUCCCAUGGAGCAAAUUGGGAACCCUAACCAACAUAUUACUAUGGAAAAUCAUACAAGUCAGUUGCCAAGAGAAUUAAAUGUAAAUACUCGUCUCCAAUUCCCUUUCAAGCCAUCACUUGAAGUGCCUUCAUUGCAGGAUAGCCCUUAUUCAAACAAUUCAGCAUCAAAUGGAGCUUCCCUUCAAGACAAUCUCCCCAAGACAUCACUUAACGUGCCUUCCUUGCAAAAGAGCACUUAUUUCAACAAUUUAGUGUCAAACGUGGCUUCUCUUCAAGGCAAUCUCCCAAGUGUAAAAAGGAAUUCUACAAUUAUUUCUAAUAUUGGUAAAAGAAAGAUGAGGUGUGAAAUGCCACCAAAAUCAGUGACAACGAUAGAUGAGAUGAACCAGAUAUUACUGCGGAACCGUAGGUCUUCACGUUCAAUGCAGAGACCACGAUGGUCUUCCAAAAGAGAUGAGGAGAUUUUGGCUGCAAGGUCGCAGAUUGAGAAUGCUCUUAGUAUAGUGGAUGAUCCAGAACUUUAUGCUCCUGCUUUCCGUAAUGUUUCUAUCUUUAAAAGGAGCUAUGAACUCAUGAUACAAACACUCAAAGUCUAUGUAUACAAGGACGGAAAAAAACCAAUAUUUCAUCAACCAAUACUCAAGGGAUUAUACGCCUCAGAAGGUUGGUUUAUGAAACUGAUGGAAGGAAAUAAGCAUUUUUUAGUGAAGGAUCCUAGAAGGGCUCACCUGUUCUACAUGCCAUUUAGUUCGCGGAUGCUGGAGUACACCCUUUAUGUGCGUAACUCUCACAAUCGCACAAAUCUUCGCCAAUAUCUGAAGGACUAUGCUGAGAACAUUGCAGCAAGAUAUCCUUACUGGAACAGAACUGGUGGAGCAGAUCAUUUUCUUGUUGCUUGCCAUGACUGGGCUCCCUAUGAAACAAGACACCACAUGGAAUAUUGCAUCAAAGCCCUUUGCAACGCAGAUGUCACUGCAGGGUUCAAAAUAGGGAGGGAUGUCUCUCUUCCAGAAACAUAUGUCCGAGCUGCAAGAAAUCCUCUUCGAGAUCUUGGAGGAAAACCACAUUCUCAGAGACGUAUACUUGCUUUCUAUGCUGGAAAUAUGCAUGGGUACCUACGUCCAAUCUUGCUAAAGCACUGGAAAGACAAAGAUGCUACACAUGAAGAGCAGCAAGUAUUGUAUCUGCCCAAAGGGAUACGAGGUCAAUAG